AUGUUUCUGUAUAACAAAGCCCUGUUAAUGGCUUGCUUCUUCGUAGUUGCUUCGUGCCAGUCGACGCGCCGAAGUGGCUUCCGCAGUGGAAGCCGCGAUCGUAACACGGCSAACAGUGACGUUGCUCAAGGGCGAACCUUAAGCCUGAUCAGACCAUUAAUUGGUGGUUUAGGUGCCAUUCGCCCAAUUGCUAGCGCCAUCGGCUUUGAUCCAAUACGUUUGGGUGCGGCGGGCGGAGGUGCUUUACAGUCCGAUCCCAUCUACGGUGSCGGCUAUGGUGGUUAUGGCGGUUAUGGUGGUUAUGGCGGCUAUCCCUUCUAUGGAGGCUAUCCGGGCUUAUUUUCUGGUUAUGGUCCAUAUGCAUACCGCCCGCGUCCAUAUUAUCCCAUUUACGGUGGUUACAAUCCUUAUGCUGGCUACCAACGUCCCAGCUAUGGCUCUUAUGGUGGCACUGGUGCAACUACUCCAAGCGCAUCUACGGGGUCCAGCACAAAUCCAGCAGGCGGAUUGGGAUCGGCCUCGCAGGCACAACUAGCCAAUCAGUUGGGUCAGGCGUUGGGUGCCAGUUUACGUCCAUUGCUGUCUGGUGGCGGUGCAGGUGGCGCCGGUGGAGCAGGAGCUGCGGGCGGYCUGGCUGGCAUACUGGGGCUGUUAGGUUAA